CUUCACAGGUGUUAUUUACACAGAGAUUGCCAACUUUCUUUCCUGGUUCGAUAUAAAUCAAAUUAAAAAUCUACACUUCGUGCAGAUCGUAACGUCUUGGGAGCAGAGCUUGGAAGGGACGUCAACUGAGGGAAUAUGAAAAGCGCAAUUUACUCCUUGUUGAUCAUCCUUUUUAUGGCUGACACCUGCUGCAGCCAGACGUGCUCGACUGCAAAUUGGUGGAUUUCUUUCGACGGAGAGGGAUGGUCUUAUUGUGACCACAAAAAUCAAUACAUGACUGGUCUUUGGAGGAAUGAUGCUAAAGGUUCAGAUGAUGGUAUCUAUCUCAUAGAGCAUGCUAAGUGUUGUGUUGCGCCUUACGGCAUGAAAGAUGUGCCAGCAUCCUGCAAGACAGCCAACUGGUGGGGAGUUCUUGAUAGCAAUAACAAGUGGGCAACCUGUCCAGAUGGAUACUUCAUGGGAGGUCUUUACAGGACAGGAGACGACCCUUGGCUGCACAACAUCGAAGAGGCUCGAUGUUGUAAGCCAGAAGGCUUGCCAGAUAGAUAUGCGGACUGCUAUAUUGAAAAUGUUUGGGGUUCGUUUGAUGGUAAAGGACUUAGCGAGUGCAAGCGAGAGGGCUACUAUAUGGCUGGAAUAUUCAGAGGGGAUUGUGACAAGCUGUACUGUCUUGAGGAGUUUAAAUGUUGUCGAAUGAUAGGUAAUUAAAACGCGAUGAUAUCAUAAAG